UUAAACGCAUAAAACAAAAUUCAUAUUCACUUUUAAGCGAUGCUUGAAAAUACUUCAAAAAAUAUACAAUAUUGAGUUAUGAAAUAAAUGUUCAGUUUAAUGGCAAAUUGUUUCGCAUGGUUAAAAGGAGGUAAUAAAACAGUAAGAGAGAUCAAGCUUGUUAUUAUUGGUUUGGAUGACGCUGGGAAAACUACAACAGUUGCAUGUCUACAAGGAGAACCUCCAGAUGGCAUCACUCCAACAAUUGGCUUUUCUAAUGCAUCUCUUAAAGUUGGCAAAUGGGACAUAACACUGUACGAUUUGGGAGGUGGUAGCAGUGUGCGUAGUGUGUGGGAAAAAUACUAUGCCGAUGUUUAUGGUAUUUUAUUUGCGGUUGACUCUGGAAAUGAAGAGCGCUUAGAAGACUCAAGAACUGUGCUAGGUGAUGUGUUCAAAAAUUCGAAAGUGAAAGGAAAACCAGUUGCAGUUUUUGCCAACAAACAAGACAUAGAGGGUGCGUUGAACGAGAAGCAAAUAGCUGAACAGCUGGAGUUGCGAGAACUUUCCGAACAGUAUAGCUUCACAUUCAAUGUUUUUCCAUGCUCUGCACUGAAAGGAUAUGGGAAACAAAUAGAUAAAAGCAUAAUGACAGGUUUACGAUGGUUGCUGGAUGCUAUUGAAAAGGACUACGCUGUCAUUCAUGAAAAGGUUGAGAAAGAAUCUGCUAUACAGAAAGAACAAGAAGCGAAAGAAAGAAAAGAGAGAAUGGAACGAAUCCGAAAACUUCGCGAAGAAAGGGAGAAAGCAGCUAAAGAAGCUGGUGUCCAAGAAGAGGAAGAAGAAUCAGAUGAUGAUGUUGUCACUGGUAGCAAUCCCUUUCGAAAUAUUAAUGACCAAAUUGAAAUCACAGCUAAAAGAGAAAAGAAAGCUAAAGAAAACAUGAAGAGAAUUAAGGCAUACCAAGAAACAAAAAUGCAAUCCGAAGACACUAAUAACAUCAAAGAAUUAACAGAAACUACAGAAAUGAAAAGAAGUACGAAGAAGGAAAGUAGAAAGAAACAUAUAGAGGAGGAAGAUGAAGAGGAAGAGGAAGGAGAAGAAGAUGAUGACGAUCAAGUUGUUAUGCAUGUACCACGAAUUACCGUACAACAACCGACACCAUGUGUCAAUGAAAUAAGAAAAAAGAAGAAGAAGAAGAAUAUAGAAAAGUAUGAACUAAAUAACAUGGAAAAUUACGAACUAGAGGAAGACAAAAAGCAGGAUACAAAGAAAAAGAAGAAGAAAAAGAAGAAUAUAUAUAUUGAAGAUGGUAAUGAUGAUGGUGAUGAUAUUAAUAAGGACAAUGAUGUGGACGGUAUUUGUAGUGACUUGGAAGACAUGAAUAUCGACAAUAUAUUAAAUAAAAAAGAGAAAGAAAAAGAAGAAGAAGCGGGGUAUAGUGGAGCUAAUGUUAUAUAUGUUAGUAGUCAAGAUAAUGUGAGAGACGACACUCCACCACCGAGAGUAAAAAAGAAAAGAAAAAAACGCGAAGAUGUUGACAUUUUAAAUGAAAGUACUGUCGGUGAAUUGCCGAACUUUGAUCAUCAUCAUCAAAAACAGACGCGAUAUCGGGUGACAAACGAAAAUGAUGACGGUAACGACGACGGCGACGACGAUUUUAAGCCUAGAAAAGUUAAAAGUGAGCAGGAGAUUAUACGUCAUUCACGAGCUGAAAUGUUUCGAGCUAGGUCUUACGAUUCGUUACAAGGUAAUACAAACAAUCAAAAGAGUUCGAAUAAGAAAAAGAAGAAGAAGAAAAAGAAGAAGAAAGUAAUUGUUGUUGUUGAAGAUGGUGCUGACGAAGAAUAUGUUGACAAAAUUAUCGGUGAAAGGACUAAAAAAAGCAAAAAUAAAUCUGGACCAAAUUCGUCUUAUUAUGUUGAAGAAACUGACGUGACAUCUCGACAUAUUUGGGAUAGCCCUCCUAGAGAAAACGGUCACGUGUCCAAAUUAGAACCAAUCAGAUUGCGCGGAAGGUUGCCGGACAUAAAAAAUUUGGAGAGUUCCAGUAUACCAUCUUGGGCUCGUGCAAAGACUUCUAAUGCUUUUGUUUAAAUAGGCAACGGGUGUAUUUUAUGUAAUGAUACAAGAUGCUGGAGAUAACUAUUUUAACUUCUCGUGUAUAUUUUGUGUAUAGAUGUAUAUAAGUGAACUGCCAUAAUAAUUAUAUCCGAUUUCUUUUCUUA